GCUAGCUGGGGAUACAAUUUUUUACUGUCUAAGACAUAACAAUUGAACAAAAUAUCUCUACCCAUACAAGAAAAGAAGUAGAAUUGAGAGAGGAAGUGACACUGUAAAAGAAAAAAGAAAUAAAAAAUGGGCAGUGAUGGUGAGGGAAAUUGGUACACUUCAUUGGCGCAUCAAAUUUCAAUGUAUGGUGUAGCUGCCGGUUACUGUUUAUCUGCAUCUUUGCUUUCCAUAAUCAACAAAUGGGCAGUGAUGAAAUUCCCUUUCCCCGGUGCCCUAACCGCCAUGCAGUACGCCACCUGCACCGCCGCUGUCGUCCUUUGCGGCCGCCUUAAGCUCCUCGAGCACGACCCCCUUGACCUUAAAACCAUGUGGCGGUUCUUGCCGGCAGCAAUACUUUUCUACCUCUCCCUUUUUUCCAACAGUGAGUUGCUCCUCCAUGCCAAUGUUGACACAUUCAUCGUUUUCCGCUCGGUUGUUCCCUUGUUUGUUGCUGUAGGAGAGACGUUGUUCUUGCACCAGCCGUGGCCGUUGACGAAGACGUGGGCCUCCCUGGCCACCAUCUUCGCCGGCAGCGUGCUCUACGUGAUAACCGAUUAUCAAUUUUCUUUUAUGGCUUAUACCUGGGCCUUGGCCUACUUGGUUAGCAUGACCAUAGAUUUUGUUUACAUAAAGCAUGUGAUUAUGACCAUUGGCUUGAACACAUGGGGUCUUGUGCUGUAUAACAAUCUCGAGGCUCUUCUGCUUUUUCCUUUGGAGCUGCUGAUUAUGGGUGAGUUGGAGAAGAUGAAGCGUGAGAUCAAACAUGAUUCUGAUUGGCACUCAUUCCAAGUCAUUUUGCCGGUGUUAUUGUCGUGCCUUUUGGGUCUUUCAAUCUCCUUCUUUGGAUUUUCUUGCCGCAGAGCGAUUUCCGCUACCGGGUUUACUGUCCUCGGUGUAGUGAACAAGUUGUUAACUGUAGUAAUCAAUUUGGUAAUAUGGGAGAAACAUUCAACAUGGGUGGGUACAGUGGGUCUUUUGAUUUGCAUGCUGGGUGGGGUUAUGUAUCAGCAAUCAACUAGCAAGCCGAAUAAUGCUGCAAAACAGGAAAAAGAGGAGGAACAACUGAAGUUAGUUGCUUGAGAUUCAAGUUAACAUCAUAUCAAUAAUAAAAUUAAUAAACCAAGGGAGGGAAA